UAACCGUCUAACAUCAUGUCCGAGCGCGUGCACGGUGUGAGUUACGAGUUAUGUCGCUCAACUGCAGACUGGCUGAUGGCUCAGACGCAGGUGCGGCCCGUGGUUGGAAUCGUGUGUGGGUCGGGUCUGGGAGGUCUCGCCGAAAUGAUCAAGGACCCGGAAAUCUUUAAAUACUCCGAUAUUCCAAAUUUCCCCAAAAGCACAGUGCACGGUCACGCUGGUCGUCUUGUGUUUGGGACUCUCAAAGGAAAGCCCUGUGUGUGUAUGCAGGGACGCUUCCACCUCUAUGAAGGAUACCCCAUACAAAAGAUCACCCUCCCAAUGCGUGUGUUUAAGCUGAUGGGUGUCCAGACCAUGAUCAUGACCAACGCGGCCGGAGGUCUGAACCCAGACUUUAAAGUGGGAGACGUCAUGUUCAUAAAGGACCACAUCAACAUGCCCGGGUUCGCUGGAGUCAACCCCCUGUGCGGACACAACGAGGACCGGUUUGGGGUUCGAUUCCCAUGUAUGUCUGACGCUUAUGACCGGGAGCUGCGUCAGUUGGCUCUGACAGUGGGGGCGGAGCUUGGAUUCAGUGACUUCCUGAAAGAGGGCGUGUACUGUGUGCUGGGUGGGCCGUCCUUCGAAACCAUCGCAGAGUGCCGCAUGCUGAACAGAUUAGGAGCGGACGCUGUCGGCAUGAGCACAGUGCAUGAGGUCAUAGUGGCACGUCACGCCGGGAUGCGCUGCUUCGCUCUGUCUCUGAUCAGUAACAAAGCAGUGAUGGACUAUGACUCAGAGGAGAGAGCCAAUCACGAGGAGGUGCUUGAGACCGGGCGAAUGCGUGCCAAGCAACUUGAAAAACUGGUGUCAACUUUGGUGGGAAACAUCGAGAAUAACAACAACUGCUGCUAAUAACAAAAACUGACG